AUGGCAUUCACAGACAUUAAAAAACUUUUCACAAUUAUUAAAUUCAAUAUUGCAGAUAUGUCUGCUCUGACUAAUAUCUUUGAAAUGAUUAAUCUGUAUCAGUCUAUUCUCUGGCAGUUGUCAUCUGACUUCAUGAUGCAGGUGAAGAAUAUCUGUGUUUUCAGAAACAGAAAUGUGAAUGUCAUACUCUUUUAUAUCUUUGCUCUGAUGUCAGAGGUCAUUCUGAUUGAAGAUGAUAACACUGCUGAGACUAUUCUCUUCUGCUCUCAAGCUUCUUCUGUCACUUUCUCUCCCUUCUCUGCAGAAAAGGUUGUGCACACAUCAGAUUCUCUUGAAUCUCUUGCAGAUCUCGAGUUUUGA